AUGCUCCGGUACUGUGUCGUUCUGGUGGCCGUCCUGGCCGUGCCGACCCUCGCUCAGAUGGUCCGACAGUGCUCCUGUAGCGAGGUCGACCCUUGUCUCCACGUCGCCGAGUCUGGCAUCAUGCAGUGUGCCGACCAGUGCCAGGUCUGUCUUUUCAAGCAUUCCCAGGAGUAGCUCUUCAGAAUAUAGCUAGCUACUACCCACUCUUCAGAAUAUAGCUAGCUACUACCCACUGAAAAAAAGGACCUUUGAAUUUUUUUUUCAGUUUUCCGAGAUUUUAACCGGCCAACAGUUUUUUCAUUUUAUUUUCGAUGGCGCAGAGACGCAAUAAUUAAUAGAACUGAGGAAUUUUUUUUUUCAAAAACUCUCCGUAUUUCUCCGUAUUUAACAGUUUUCACAUAGGUUAUACAAGGCACAAGAUUCCAAAAUCAAAUAUUUCAGAACCACGUUGCCGCGAUCGGAGCCAACUACGGCAAAAUGCGAGCCUGCAUGCUCGAGAAGGAGCCCAUGUUCAAGCAAGCCUUCAGCUGUCAGCAGAACAAGCUGAGCGACUCUUGCUCCAAGGGAGGCGGCGGCCAGGUCCCCAAGCGCUACCCAGAGACCCUCAAGCUCGCCGCUUUCUCUGAAAUCAACUCGAUCCUCCAGAAGUCUGGUGAGGCUUGAAUAGCGAAUCUCAGAAUUGAACUCCGAUGAUACAGGCAUCCAAGCCGAGGCCAAGUCGUUCCUCUCCGUUGGUAAGAAAUUCGGCAGCUGCGUCAUGAAGUGCAUGGACCGCGGAUCGACCGGCAGCUGCUACAAGAAGCUCGGCUGCGGUCUGGCUCUGCCUUCCGACAGCAUCCUCGUCCAACAGACCAAGCAGUGCGCCAUCCAGGCCGGCUUCAACACGGCUGGAGUUCGUCAGCUCUGUUCCUGCGUCGCCGCCUCCGGAAUCCCGUUAGUUUUUAGCUUUUCUCACUACUUGAUAUCAAACAAAAACUGGAACCACCUAAGUGAUCACUACGACCUUUGUACUUUUGAGCGAUUACUAGAAAGCUCAAUAUCGACAUUGCGAAUUUCUCAAAAACAUUCCCGUUUUUAUAAGUAAAGGUACAAACAUAAAAAAUUUUCUAAAAAAACCAUCCUUAUCAUUUUUCAGAAGCCUCGGCUCGCUCUGUGAACGCAUCGUGAUCUCCUAA